UGGCAAGAGAAACAGAAAAGGUAUGAUCUUUUGUAUCUGUUGAUUCUGUUCCUGGUCUUUCUUUUGACGGAAUCUCCAAUCCAUUUAACCCAGUAAGCAACAAACAGCACCAACAAAGAAAAUAAAAGGUGAACUACCCAUCUGGGUAUUCUGUGGUAAUAGAGCAAGAACAGAGCAGAAGAAAGAGGAAGAAGAAGAAAAGGAGGAGGUUCGACCAGAGAGGGGUGAAAAUGGGGAUAUUGUAUGAUGAUGUGGUGGUGGUUAGUCAAGCAGAGAAGCCAGGGGAUCCCACUAUUAUUACUGUCAAUUGUCCUGACAAGACUGGUUUGGGAUCUGAUUUGUGUAGGAUUAUCUUGCUAUUUAGAUUGAGCAUUACCAGAGGAGAUAUUUCCACGGAUGGAAAAUGGUGUUAUAUAGUAUUUUGGGUAGCGGGGAAGCCAACUACAAGGUGGAGUUUGUUGAAGAAGAGGCUUUUGGAGGUGUGCCCCCCUUAUUUUUCAACAUCAGGAAUACAGUUUUAUGAGUUGCAAAACCAACAAGAGAAGUCACCUGAUGUAUUUCUGUUGAAGUUCUGGUGCUUCUGCGAUCGUGAUGGUCUUUUACAUGAUGUAACUGAGGUUCUUUGUGAGCUAGAGCUUACAAUAAAGAGAGUGAAGGUUUCAACUACUCCAGAUGGGAGAGUGAUGGACCUCUUUUUCGUCACUGACACAAGGGAACUUCUUCAUACAAGAAAGCGGCAGGAGGAAGUAAUUCAGUUUUUGAAAAAUGUAUUAGGGGACACCUUGAUGAGCUGUGAGAUUGAAUUGGCUGGCCCAGAAGUUACUGCAUGUCCGCAGGGUUCCUCAUUUCUUCCUCCUGCAAUCACUGAAGAUAUGUUCCAUUUAGAAUUGCCUGAGCAACACUCAAAUGGAAUGUUUGCUAACAACCCGCUAUCUGUCACGAUGGACAACACUCUCAGUCGCUCUCACACACUUGUCCAAAUCUUCUGCAAGGAUCAUAAAGGUCUUAUCUAUGACAUAAUGAGAACGUUAAAGGAUUACAAUAUCCAGGUUUGUUACGGAAGGUUCUUUGCAAACCCAAAAGGAAACUGUGAGUUGGACUUGUUCAUAAUGCAAGUGGAUGGUAAGAAGAUAGUUGACCCGAACAAGCAAAAUGCACUGUGCGCCCGCCUGAGAAUGGAACUCUCAAGACCUCUUAGAGUGGCUGUGGUGAGCCGAGGCCCCGAUGUUGAGCUGCUGGUAGCAAACCCAGUUGAAUUGUCCGGCAAGGGCCGACCUCUUGUUUUCCAUGACAUUACCCUUGCACUCAAGAUUCUAAGAACCCGCAUUUUUUCAGUGGAGAUAGGGAGACACAUGAUCCAUGACAGGGAAUGGGAAGCAUACAGAAUACUACUGGAUGAAGCCGAUGGUUCUGCCGUUCCAAGGAAGAAGAUUGAAGAAGGUGUUAGAGAAAAACUGAUGGGUUGGGAGUAAAGCUACUUAGAUAAGUAUCUACCAUCAUUGUACAGCAUCUUAUCCUUUAGUCAUUUGAAUCUACUAACUAGUCACAAACUGGCUACAAAAUGUAGAUAAUCUUAUGCCCAAAUUAAAAUCCAGUUUCUCCUUUUUAUGUGAGAGCUGCAUUUGAUACUCA